AAAAAGAACAAAAAAUAUAUAAGGAAAAAGAAAAUUGACUUUGCAAGUGAAUAGUGCGCAUGCAGUGAUUAAUAAAAAAGGAAUUAAAGGAUCAGAAGAUAACAUUAAUUUCAUUGGAGCAGUAUAGACAAAACUAAAAUUUUUCUUUUGCAGAUAAUUGGAGAACAAUUAUAUGUUCACCAUGCCCGAUAAAACACUGCCGAAAUUAUCUAACUUAACUUUAGGAGAAAUUUACACUUCUGAAAAAACCGGUAAUGACGAAACUGGAGAUGGUACUGAACAAAAUCCUUUUAAGACAAUUUUACAAGCAAUGAGACAUGCUGGGAAAGAACCUUUCCCAUUGAUUUACCAAGAUUCACGAGAUAGUGAAAGGAGAUACGAACCGGCUAGUAAAUCUCAAUUAAAAAAAGUUCAAAAAAUCUGGACAAGGGAGCAAUAUAAGAACGAGGAUAAGCAAGCAAAAUUACAAGAAGAUGAAGAGAAAAGAUUGAAAAAUUUACAGGAAGCUAAAGAAAUUGUCAUUGAGGAAGAUAAAAGUCUUCCAGAGGCAACGAAGAUUAAAAUAAAAGAAGCUUUCAAUUUUAGAGACAAAAGAAUUAAAAUAGUUGGAUGGGUGCAUAGAUUGAGACGACAAGGUAAAGCCCUUAUGUUCAUUACGCUGAGAGAUGGAACAGGUUUCUUACAAUGUGUUUUAAAUGACAAACUAUGUCAAACUUAUGAUGCCUUGACACUUUCUACUGAAGCAUCAGUAGAAUUAUUUGGAACUUUAAAAUGUGUGCCUGAAGGAAAAAGUGCACCUGGUGGCCAUGAAUUGUGCGUUGAUUAUUGGAAAUUGAUCGGAGAUGCUCCACCGGGAGGUGCUGAUUCCAUUUUGAAUGAAGAAGCUCUUCCUGAUGUACAAUUAGAUAACAGACAUAUUAUGAUUCGUGGCGAAAAUACGGCACGCGUUUUGAUGAUGAGAUCUAUAUUAACUCAAGCAUUUAGAGAUCAUUAUAAAAAUAGAGGCUAUUAUGAAAUAACACCUCCUACAUUGGUACAAACUCAAGUAGAAGGUGGUUCAACCUUAUUUGAAUUAGACUACUUUGGAGAAAAAGCAUAUUUGACUCAAAGUUCUCAGCUUUAUCUUGAAACAUGUAUACCAGCAAUGGGUGACGUUUAUUGUAUUGCUCAAUCAUACAGAGCGGAACAAUCAAAGACAAGAAGACAUCUUGCUGAGUAUACUCAUGUCGAAGCAGAAUGUCCUUUUAUAACAUUCGAUGAUUUACUUGAUCGAUUAGAAGAUUUGAUAUGCGAUGUAGUGGAACGCGUAUUACAAUCUCCUCUUGGUCAUUUAGUGAAAGAAUUAAAUCCAGAAUUUAAAAUACCCAAAAAACCAUUCAAGCGAAUGAACUAUAGCGAUGCUAUUGAAUUUUUGAAAGCUAAUGGUAUUACUAAAGAAGAUGGAACUUUUUACAAAUUUGGAGAGGAUAUCCCAGAAAUGCCAGAAAGAAGAAUGACGGACAUGAUUAAUGAGCCUAUUAUGCUUUGUCGCUUUCCCGUAGAAAUUAAGUCAUUCUAUAUGCAGCGUUGUUCAGAAGACAAGCGACUUACAGAAUCUGUAGAUGUUCUUUUACCUAAUGUUGGUGAAAUAGUAGGUGGUUCAAUGCGUAUUUGGAACUAUCAAGAAUUGCUAGAAGGCUAUUCUCGGGCUAAAAUAGAUCCUACACCAUACUAUUGGUAUACGGAUCAGAGAAAAUAUGGUUCCUGUCCACAUGGAGGAUAUGGGUUGGGCUUGGAACGAUUUCUUUGUUGGCUGCUAAAUAGGUACCAUAUUCGAGAAGUGUGCUUAUAUCCACGUUUCCUGGAACGUUGUCGUCCUUAAGCUUUAUGCCUUCUAAAAUUGCUUAUGCGAAACUGAAUAUAAUUUUCAUAGUUCCAAACCAACCAAAUUACUUAUGAUUAACUUAAUUUUCACAAUUAUGUAAUAUAGGUAAUAAAUUUAUUUAUUCUCUAGAAGAGAAUGACACAA